GCUGACAAGCAGACUCUAAUAAUAAUAAUAAUAAUAAUAAUAAACAAUGGGAAAAGAAGAAGAAGAAGAAGGAGAAGAGGUGGUGGGAUAAGGCAGGUCAGAAAAGACAGAAAACAAGAUCAACUAUUCGGUGGAGGAAUAUAUAAAGUCAUAUCUGAUCUUACCAACACUCUUGUGUCCUAAAUCAUGUACGGUGGUGGUAGAGGCAUGGGAGGUGGUGGACCAGGAGGAAGCCUGUUAAGGACUGUUAGCAGAGUGGUUACUGGGAGUGGUGUUACUGGUAGCACUACUUUUCAAGAACCCCUCUCUUCAUCGGCCUCAUCUUCUUCUUCCUCGGCUUCUGGUGCCUCUAAUGCUUCACCUACUGCUACUUCUAGGUAUACCCACAAGCCAAAUUCUCCUUGUUCGAGUCAUCUCUCGAUAUCGUCAUCUGGGUCGCCCUUUGCUUCGCAGAAUCUUCCAAUAGCUGCGAAUACUGGGGUGCCUACUUGGGGUGCUUUUGCCUCUCCCCCUUCUUCAUGCUGUGACGAUUUUGAGUGGGUAUCUUUGGAUGGGAGCGAUGAUGAAUUUAUUCUCGGCGCUGUUCCGUCCAUUGAAGAAGUUCAAAGCGCUGUCUCUUCUAUUCAACAGGCUUUUGAUGCGACAUACUCCGAACUUGUUAGAGAUAAAUUUUCUUACAAUAAGGAUAAGGAUGUAGCAGAUCAGAUAUCAAGUCUAACUGGCGUGGUUCAUCCCGGUUCUUUGGUGGCCACAGAGUUAGAUUGAAAGAGCCCAGCCUGCAUCUUUGUAACUCAAGAAUGCUGCAUGGUCAUCAUGGAUAUGAGAGAGUUUAUGAUGCUUUUCAUUUACUGCAAACCGAGCCAUCAGUUCAAAAAAUGGUAAUAUCCUUAUCAUCUGACAAAGCUGUCUGGGAUGCUGUUUUGAGAAAUGAGGUGGUACGCGAACUCAGAGAGUCUUACUAUGCAGGUAUAACAGAGAAUGAUAAUCCAGAGAGUUCGGAUGAGACUUGUGAUGAUCCCUCUUCGGCAACAAGCUUCAUAAAGUGGAUUUUUGACAGCACUAAAGCAAAAUUUCAGGAAGUAUUUGAGCAAAUAACAAAACUUGUCAAUGAAUUAUUUAAACCUCCUGAAGAUAAGAAGACAACAGCAGGAACCCCUGAUCCAUUUGAAGAAAAGCUGCGGACUUCAUUCCUGCUAUCGAUUCUGGGCCUAUUGGUGGUGGUGGUGAGUCGAGCGAGCAGAGCUUGACCAUAAUUUGACGACAUGACAAUGUUUAUAUUCUACCAUGUUUUAGUGACUUGUACUGAUGAAAAGGGUGUUUUUUUAGUGUUUGCUCUGAUGAAAUUUCCCUGUGGAUUUGUAAGUACUGAUCUUUUAGUUGACGUUUGAGCUUUAGUUGGCUUGUUCUAUAAAUAUUGUUGGGAUUUAUGAAUUUUAGAACGUCUUGGCUUUGUUUUA